AUGACGAUGCUGCAGCAUGUGUCGUAUGAUUAUUCUGUCGUACAACCAUAUAAACGAGUAUGCUACUUCACCAACUGGGCACAAUACAGAACUGCUCCUAUGACCUUCAAAGCGGAUGAUGUGGAUCCUUUCCUCUGCACUCAUAUCAUGUACGCUUUCGGUAAAGUCGUGGGCAACACAAUCGAUGCUUAUGAGUGGAACGACAAGGGCACCGGUGGCCAAUACGAGAAGAUAAUGAACCUGCGAUCCGUGAACCCAGACCUCAAGAUCCUGCUGGCCAUAGGUGGAUGGACUCACGGCACCGCGCCCUUCACUGCCGUGGUAGAUGACCCCAAUGACAUGGCAGCUUUUGCAAACAACGCCUUGGCCUACUUAAAAACUUACGGAUUCGACGGUCUGGAUCUGGACUGGGAGUAUCCGGGUGGUAAUGGAAGCCCUCCAGAGGACAAACAGCGUUUCACGUCUUUUGUGCAGAAACUUCGCCAAGUGUUUGACGCUGAUGGUGUAGCCAACAACCGCGCGCCUCUGUUACUGACGGCAGCUGUUGCAGCUGGCAAAAGUACAAUCGACAAAGCCUAUGAAAUUGACCUCAUCUCCAAAGAGCUAGAUUUCAUCAACCUAAUGAGCUACGAUCUUCAUGGAAGCUGGGAAGCAACCACCGGACAUCACAGUGCGCUAUUUGGCCGUGCCGGUGAAGUUGGAACUGCUGCAUAUAUGAAUGUGGAUUACGCGGUGAACUACUGGAUUAAUCUCGGUGCACCUCCAGAAAAACUGGUUUUGGGAAUGGGUUUGUAUGGCAGAUCCUUCACCCUCUCUAGUUCAAGUAAUACAGGAGUAGGAGCGCCCGCCGUAGGAGCAGGAGCGGCUGGAACGUAUACUGGAGAAGCAGGGUUGUUGGCCUAUUACGAGGCAUGUAACGUUUUCCAGUCAUUUCAAUUAAGAAGUCACUUUUGCUGA